CCCGGCGCUCAAACAUUAAAUCCAGAACCUCUGAUACAAUUUGCGCUACCCUAGGACCAUUUUCCUUUCCGUUAUUUGGCACUUUAUUCCCACGCCACGCCUCUGAUGUCCAUCAAGAUGAUAUCACCUGCUGUGAAGAAGCCUACAAACGGUUAGGUAGAGGCGGGCUCAGAUCGUUGCCGGGGAAACGAGGAUAGUUUUGUGCGACAGCUGCCUCUCCUUAGCAAGCCGUCUUUCUUCAUCGCGUGCGGGUUGAAUCGGGAGCCCCGGUGUGGCUGCCAAUGCCUGUCUUCGGGCAGGUGGGAGCAGGCCGAGAGCAGAAAUAGAGCCACGGCGAUAAGAGGGAGACACAGGUGCAGGAGCGAAGCGGAAACAAGCAGCCAUUGGAGGCAAAAAUGGCACAGGUUAAGCAAGUGGGUCUAUUAGCAGCUGGCUGUCAACCAUGGAAUAAAGAUGUAUGUGCAGCUAGUGGGGAUAGAUUUGCCUAUUGUGCAACCCUGGCUAUUUAUAUAUAUCAGUUGGAUCAGCGAUAUAAUGAAUUCAAGUUAUGGGCAAUUAUGUCUGAACAUAAGAAGAUCAUCACAGCUAUUUCUUGGUGUCCCCAUAAUCAGGAUCUCUUUGCAAGUGCAAGUGCAGAAAACCUAGUAAUAAUUUGGAAUGUGGCUGAACAAAAAAUUGCUGCCAAAUUGCACAAUACAAAAGGUAUCCCUGCGUUUCUUAGUUGGUGCUGGAAUAUAGGUGAUGCUGUUGCAUUUGCCUCGCAUAGAGGUCCAUUAUAUAUUUGGACAUUUUCAGGGCCAGAGAGUGGUGUAGUGGUACAUAAUGAAGCUCACAGUUUUAUGUCAGAUAUUUGUCUGUUUAGAUGGCAUCCCAAGAGAAAAGGAAAAGUAGUGUUUGGUCAUACUGAUGGAAGUCUUUCUCUUUUUCAGCCAGGUUGUAAGAGUCAGAAACAUAUUCUGAAACCAGAAUCACUUGAAGGGACAGAUGAGGAAAAUCCUAUCACUGCUCUUGAAUGGGACCCUCUGUCAACAGAUUAUCUUCUUGUUGCAAAUUUGCAUAAUGGAAUCCGUCUUGUUGAUUCAGAAUCUUUCUCCUAUAUCACAGCCUUUAAUCUUCCUAGUGCAGCAGCAUCUGUGCAGUGCUUAGCUUGGGUUCCUCGUGCACCUGGAAUGUUUAUCACUGGAGAUUCUCAGGUUGGUGUAUUGCGUGUCUGGAAUGUAUCACGAACAACACCAAUAGAUAACUUUAAGUUGAAGAAAACGGGUUUCCAUGGCCUACAUGUACUUAGUUCUCCUCCAAAGAAGAAUACAUUUUUUUCACAGUCUCGUACAAAAAAUCAUCAUACAUCAUCUACAAGUGAGGCUGUUCCACCUCCAAGUCUAACUCAGAACCAAGCAUUUUCACUUCCCCCUGGACAUGCUGUCUGCUGUUUUAUGGAUGGUGGAGUAGGGCUUUAUAACAUGGGAGCUAAGAAAUGGGAAUUUCUUAGAGAUUUGGGUCAUGUUGAAACCAUCUUUGAUUGUAAAUUCAAACCUGAUAACCCUGACCUUUUAGCUACAGCAUCAUUUGAUGGAACAAUAAAAAUAUGGGAUAUAACUACUUUAACAGCUAUCUGUACCUCUCCUGGUAAUGAGGGAGUCAUAUAUUCACUUUCAUGGGCUCCAGGGGACUUGAAUUGUAUAGCUGGUGCAACUUCAAGAAAUGGUGGUUUCAUCUGGGAUGUGUCACGGGACAAAAUGAUAACUCGCUUCAGUGAGCAUGGGAAGAAUGGAAUCUUCUGCAUUGCAUGGAGUCAUAAAGAUUCCAAAAGGAUAGCAACCUGCAGUGGUGAUGGAUUCUGCAUUAUUCGGACAAUUGAUGGCAAAAUUCUCCACAAGUACAAACACCCAGCUGCAGUUUUUGGCUGUGACUGGAGUCAAAACAACAAAGAUAUGAUAGCGACCGGAUGUGAAGAUAAAAAUGUCCGUGUUUAUUAUCUAGCAACUAGUUCUGAUCAGCCAUUGAAAGUAUUCAGUGGGCAUACAGCCAAAGUAUUUCAUGUAAGAUGGUCUCCCCUUAGAGAAGGAAUACUUUGCAGUGGUUCUGAUGAUGGCACUGUUCGGAUAUGGGAUUACACACAAGAUGCUUGUAUCAAUAUUCUUAGUGGGCAUACAGGACCAGUACGAGGAUUGUUGUGGAAUACAGAAAUACCUUAUCUAUUGAUAUCUGGCAGUUGGGAUUAUACAAUCAAAGUAUGGGACACAAGAGAUGGUACAUGCCUGGACACUGUGUAUGAUCAUGGUGCAGAUGUUUAUGGAUUAACUUGUCAUCCUAGCUACCCUUUCACUAUGGCCUCUUGUUCCCGAGAUUCCACUGUGAGACUUUGGUCUUUAACACCUCUGAUAAAUCCUCUCCACUUAUGCAUCUUGGCAGACAGAUCAUGGGAUGAGAUAAUUGGAAACAUUGAUCGUGCAGUUGAAAUAGGUGCUCCUCCUUUGCUCUGUGGGAAAGUAUCUAGGGAUAUUAAACAAGAAAUAGAGAAGCUAAAUAGUAAUCCUCGAGGAAAAAAGCUAAGGUGGUUUUCAGAAUGUUUAUCACCCCGAGGAGGCAGUAAAAACUUAUGGGAUCUGGUUGCAGUAAUAAAGGGUCAAGAUGAUAGUUUGCUCCCACAGAAUUAUUACAAAGGAAUUAUGCAUAUGAAACAUUUGGUUAAAUUUAGAAUGUCCAAAGCACAAGAACUUACAACAGUAAAGAUGUCUAAAUUUGGAGGAGGCAUUGGUAUACCUAGCAAGGAGAAAAGGCUAAAAGAAGCAGCAGAGAUAUAUCUGAGACUAGGUCAAAUUCAGAGAUACUGUGAACUUAUGGUGGAGCUUGGAGAGUGGGAUAGAGCACUGUCAGUUGCACCAGGAGUAUCUAUGAAAUAUUGGAAGAAAUUAAUGCAAAGGAGAGCUGACCAAUUAAUUCAGGAAGAAAAUGAUGAAGUUAUUCCAUACUGCAUAGCUAUUGGUGAUGUGAAGAAGCUUGUUACAUUUUUCAUUUCAAGUGGUCAACUUAAAGAAGCUCUCUUAGUUGCACAGGCAGCAUGUGAAGGAAAUGUGAAAGCAUUUCAGAGUUCAGCAGCAGAUGAGUCAGAAUAUUUUGAAGGGAAUAGCAUAGAAAAUUACAAUGAUCUUCGACAUAAAGUCAGUAAAGAACUUGCUGAGUGGUAUUUUCAGGAUGGCUGUGCAGUGCUGGCUGCUUGUUGUCAUUUAGCUGUUGAGAAUAUUGAGCUUGCCAUGGCAAACCUGAUUCGAGGAAAUGAACUGGAGUUGGCAGUCAGUGUGGGCACCGUCUUAGGAGAAUGUGCAGCUCAGGGAACACAUUAUGCACUAGAGUUACUGGCAAGAAAAUGUAUGAUUAUUCCAACAUGCUUUCCAUCACUUGGAUACAGGGAUUUAGCAGGAGAUCUUCUCAUGAUGAUUCCUGAUAACGAACUACAAUUAAUAAAACUGUGUGCUUUUUAUCCUGGAUGCACAACAGAGAUAAAUGACCUACAUGAAAAGUGCAGAUUACCAGAUGUAGAAGAAUGUAUGCAAUUAGCAGAGAAAGCUCAGACAGAUGGAAAUAUAUUUGAGUCAAUAAAGUAUUAUUUGUUAACUGCAGAAUCAGAAAAGGCACUUCCUAUAGGAAUUCAGUAUGUCAAAGAACAAAUUAGUAGUUCAGAUUGGACUCUUGAUGCAGUAUAUCCUUUUUUGGAUCUUCUCAGCUAUAUACGCACAGAAAAAUUGUUGCUGCAUAAAUGUAGUGAAUUUAGAAAUGAAUUGUUAAUAUUAAGUGGCUACAUUGGGGCUUUACUGGCUAUUAGAAGACAAUAUAUCAGCAUUGUACCAGCUCUUUAUGAAUAUACAAGCCAGCUUUUAAAAAGAAGGGAAGUAUGUGUACCCCUGAAAAUUGAGCAACUCUCUGAGGAACUAGAUGCUUGGAGAGCUUGUAGCCAAUCAUUAAACAAGUCUUCUGAUGAAUUACCAGAGAUACUGCCAUCUGAAUUGCAACAACAGAUUUAUACAACAAUGCUAUCACGAAUUAAAGAAGAGCCUCUUCAAGUAACCAUAGGAACAAAUUAUGUUUCUGGAUCUAACUUUCCUAGUCAUUCAGAUGUUCAUAUCUCUUGUUUGACAGGAUUAAAAAUACAGGGUCCUGUAUUUUUCCUUGAAGAUGGAAAGUCAACAAUUUCACUCAGCGAUGCAUUGAUGUGGGCAAAAGUGAAUCCUUUCUCUCCACUGGGGACAGGAAUACGGCUCAACCCAUUCUGAUAAAGAAAUCUUUCUAUGAAUAAUGAUAGUUGCUUUUAUUUUAUUAGUGGAAC